UCUACACGAACUCACCGUUGCCGUACACCUGGAAUCCGAUAAAACAAUCUUCGUUUAUAGAGAGAGGGGGGAAGACGAAGAGUUCUAGAGAGAGAAAGUGUGGAGCGAAAGAGAGAGUGCAAGAUCUGAUCGAAACCCAGGUAACAAGCUCGAAACCCUACUGCGCCUCGUUAGGUCUAAAGCUCGUUCUUUUGUCCGUUCUAUUUCUCCCUCUCCUUAUGUGCACAGGUUUAUGUGUCUUCGUCUCUGUGGGUGAAAGCGGGUGAAUUUGGAUUUCGUCUUAGAAGGUCCCACGUAAGCCCUAAAAAUUUAGAGUCGCAGGGUCGAAAGUCCUGGAAGUUCUGGUUUGCAAUUCUUUCAUUUCUUUGUUUGUAAAACCCUAGAAUUAGACACAAGACUGGGAUUUGAUAUUAGUUUUGGAAAGAAAAGGUGUAAAGAAAAGAAUUAGGGUUUUGGAUGUAUGGCUUCCGGGCCUAUAGUAGGAGGAGAUGACGGAACUAGAGAGAAACAGAGGUACACAGAGAGUAAGGUGUACACGAGGAAAGCUUUUAAAGGACCGAAGAACAAAGCUAACGUUUUGAACACCGUUGCUACCGAUACUGCUGCCCCCACAACAGCUAACAACGAUGACAAUAAGAAUAGCACCAUUAAUAAUGGUGGUGUCAAUGAGACCGAAAAGAAUGACACUAACGUUUUGGCUCUGCCCCCAGCGCAGUCUAUUUUUCCGGAUGAGAAUACGGCUCAGCCAAGAUUGAAUUCAAAAUUGGAUGUAGUGUCAGAUGACUCUUCCACCUUAAAUCGUCGUCAGGACGAACCUCCAGGUCCGAAUCCUCUGCAGGACGAACCCUCAGGCGCCAGUCCUCAGCAGGACGAACCCUCAGGCCCCAGUCCUCGGCAGGACGAACCCUCAGGCCCCAAUCCUCAGCAUGACGAACCCUCAGGCCCCAAUCCUCAUCAGGACGGUCCCAAUCCGCAGCAGGAUACUGUUCCCUGUCCUAAGGAGUUGCCAUCAGCUAAUGGUGCUAUCAAUCCUGGAUUGGAGAAUCGUAUUAAGAUCAACUUAGGCUCAAGCUCAAAGCAAGAAAUGCAAGAGCUUCGGAGGAGGCUUGAGCGCGAGCUUGACACAGUGAGAAGUUUGGUCAGGAGAAUUGAAAUGAAACAGAGGCAGUUGGGUGGCUAUGGCAAUUCAAAUAUGCUAGCGAAUGAUAGAAUUGGUAAUACCAUUGGACCAAGACGUGUUCUGUCAGGGGUAGCAUCUGGUGGUGUUCCAAGAGAAUCCGCCAGGCCUUUGCACCAGUUAAGCAUAUCAGUGCUAGAGAAUUGUCAAGGAGUCGGUGAAACUGUUGAAAAGGAGAAGAGAACCCCCAAGGCAAACCAGUUAUAUAGUAAUUCUGAGUUCUUGCUAGGGAAGGAUAAAUUCCCUCCUGCAGAGAGUAAUAAGAAGUCAAAACUGAAUGGAAAGAAGCAGGGUGGGGGAGAAAUGGGACACGGUUUUGGGAUGGGAUCAAAAUUCUUCAAAAGUUGCAGUUCAUUGCUUGAGAAGUUGAUGAAACACAAGCAUGGUUGGGUUUUUAAUGCUCCUGUUGAUGUUGAGGGCCUUGGAUUGCAUGAUUAUUUUAGCAUAAUCACACAUCCUAUGGACUUGGGUACUGUGAAAACAAGGCUGAGCAAGAAUUGGUACAAAUCGCCAAAGGAAUUUGCGGAGGAUGUGAGACUUACAUUUCGUAAUGCUAUGACAUAUAACCCACCUGGACAAGAUGUUCAUAUAAUGGCAGAGCAGCUAUCAAAGAUAUUUGAGGACAGAUGGGCCAUAAUAGAGUCGGAUUACAAUCGGGAAAUGAGAUAUGUAUUGGAUUAUGGGACAACUGUUUCUGCACCAUCACCACUAUCCAGAAGGGCUGCUACAAUACCUCCGCCUGCCCUUGAUAUGAGAAGGAUUUUGGACAGAUCAGAAUCGAUGACGCAACCUCCAAGACCCAUGAGCAUUACUCCUUCUAGUAGAACCCCCGCUCCAAAGAAGCCAAAGGCAAAAGAUCCGUAUAAAAGAGACAUGACAUAUGAGGAAAAGCAAAAAUUGAGCACAAGCCUCCAAAAUCUGCCUCCAGAGAAACUAGAUACGAUUGUACAGAUCAUUAAGAAGAGAAAUUCUGCACUUUCACAACAUGAUGAUGAAAUUGAAGUGGACAUUGAUAGCGUAGAUGCGGAGACUCUUUGGGAGCUUGAUAGGUUUGUGACCAACUUCAGGAAAAGUUUGAGUAAGAACAAGAGAAAAGCUGAGCUUGCCAUUCAAAGAGCAGAAGCUGCAAAGAAUGCCCCACAAAUGGCGCUGGAACCUGCUGCGGUUGUGGCUCCUCAAGAAACCAUAGCAGGUGAAAGAAAUGCUUCUGCAUCUUUUCCUUCACAAGCAGAAAAACAGGUGAAUAAUGGGAGUAGGUCAAGCAGUUCUAGCAGCUCAAGCAGUGAUUCUGGAUCUUCUUCAAGUGAUUCUGAUAGUGAAAGUUCCUCAGCAUCUGGAUCUGAUGCAGGAUCACCGAGGACCUGAAUUAAUUUAAUUCUCUAAGGUAUAA